ACAACUCACAGUCAAACCUCCCCGAUUUCACUUUCCCCUUCUUCUUAUCUCUCUCGCUCUCUCUAAUGGCUGCAUUCUGCUCUUCCACAGGGCAGUUUGUAAACCCUAGUUUCAGUACAUCUUCUCCUCCAUCAACCUCAUCAUCAUAUUCCUCACGCCCCAGGCGCAAAUUAUUAGCACCCACCACCACUGCACUCUCAGCAUUUCACUCCUCCUCAUCUCCUCAAAUCCAAUGUGAAAAACUCUCUACUAACUCAAAGCCCAAAUCCCCAAAACCAUUUAAACCCAAACCUUUCCUCACUAAAACCCUUAUCUUCUCUGCUGCAACCGCUUCUCUUUUUCACUUCUCCGGUGGUGGCGGCGGCGGCGGUGGUUGGAAUGGCGGCGGUGGGGGUGGAGGAGGUGGAGGAGGAGGGGGUUCUGAUUUCUGGGCGAAAUUGUUUUCUCCUUCAGCAAAUGCGACGGAAGAGGAAACCCAAGAGUGGGAUUUCCAUGGAUUACCAGCUAACAUUUUAGUGCAAUUGAGUAAACUGAGUGGAUUCAAGAAAUAUAAGAUUUCUGAGAUUUUGUUUUUCGAUAAACGGAAAGGUAUGACGAUUGGUACCGAUGAUUCGUUCUUUGAAAUGGUGUCGUUGAGACCAGGUGGUGUUUAUCCAAAAGCUGUUUUGAACAAAGAACUUGAGACAUUGGCUACUUGUGGUAUGUUUGAGAGAGUUGAUUUGGAGACAAAGACGAAACCAGAUGGUACAUUGGCUGUUACGAUAUCGUUCACGGAGAGUACAUGGCAAUCGGCUGAUUCGUUUAGGUGUAUUAAUGUUGGGUUGUUGCCACAAGCGAAACCGAUUGAAAUGGAUGUUGAUAUGACUGAUAAGGAGAAGGCUGAGUUUUUUAGGAAUCAAGAGAGGGAUUAUAAGAAGAGAAUUGAUAAGGCGAGGCCGUGUUUGUUGCCAUAUCCUAUUCAGAGGGAGGUUCUGCAAAUGCUCAGGGAGCAAGGUAAGGUAAGUGCCCGUAUGCUUCAAAAGAUUCGUGACCGUGUUCAGAAGUGGUACCACGAUGAAGGGUAUGCUUGUGCACAAGUGGUGAAUUUUGGAAAUCUGAAUACCAAGGAGGUUGUGUGUGAAGUUGUAGAAGGGGAUAUUACUCAAUUGGUUAUACAGUUCCAAGAUAAGCUUGGGAACGUCUGUGAGGGAAAUACAGACCUUGCUGUUGUUAGAAGAGAAUUGCCCAAACAGCUUCGACAAGGUCAUGUGUUUAACAUAGAAGCAGGAAAGCUAGCUCUAAGGAAUAUAAACUCGCUUGCGUUGUUUUCUAAUAUUGAAGUGAACCCACGACCAGAUGAAAAGAACGAUGGGGGAAUCGUAGUUGAAAUAAAGCUUAAAGAACUUGAGCAACAGAAUGCAGAAGUGAGCACGGAAUGGAGUAUUGUGCCAGGAAGUCAAGGUCGUCCUACCCUGGCUUCAAUCCAGCCUGGAGGUACUGUUACAAUAGAGCAUCGGAAUCUCCAAGGGCUGAACAGAUCCUUAAUUGGGUCAAUAACCACAAGUAACUUUAUUGAUCCUCAGGAUGAUCUUGCUUUCAAGUUUGAGUACGUACAUCCUUAUCUUGAUGGUGUAAAAGAUCCUCGCAACAGGACCUUCCGUUCAAGCUGUUUCAAUAGUCGUAAACUGAGCCCAGUUUUCACGGGAGGGCCUGGGGUUGAUGAAGUUCCACCUAUAUGGGUUGAUCGAGCAGGUGUGAAAGCCAACAUAGCGGAGAACUUCACCCGUCAAAGCAAAUUCACUUAUGGUCUGGUGUUGGAGAAAAUCACUACACGUGAUGAAAGUAGCCAUAUAUCUCAAAAUGGUCAACGACAGUUGCCUAAUGGAGGAAUCAGUGCAGAUGGACCUCCCACAACUCUCAGUGGCACCGGUGUUGACAAAAUGGGAUUUUUCCAAGCAAACAUCACACGGGAUAACACAAAGUUUGUUAAUGGUGCAAUUGUUGGUGAGAGGAAUGUGUUUCAGGUAGACCAAGGGCUCUUUGUUGGAAGCAAAUUCCCAUUCUUUAACCGCCACCAAUUAACAUACACCAAAUUCGUCCAGUUGAAGCCGGUUGAAGAAGGUGCUGAUAAACCACCACCACCUGUGCUAGUCCUCCAUGGUCACUAUGGUGGCUGUAUCGGAGACCUCCCAAGUUAUGACGCCUUUACACUGGGUGGGCCUUACUCUGUUCGGGGUUACAACAUGGGUGAACUUGGAGCUUGCAGAAACAUUCUUGAGGUGGCGGCUGAGCUGCGGGUACCUGUGAGAAAUACUCAUGUAUAUGCAUUUGUUGAGCAUGGAAACGAUUUGGGAAGCUCAAAGGACUUAAAAGGAAACCCAACAGAAUUUUACCGGCGUGCAGGUAAUGGCUCAUCAUACGGUGUUGGUGCAAAGCUAGGUCUUGUACGAGCUGAAUACGCUGUGGAUCACAAUUCUGGGACAGGGGCCAUUUUCUUGCGAUUUGGUGAGAGAUUCUGAGGUAGGAUUUCCAUAAUCCUCGGACAUAUAUUGCAAUGCAAAGUUUUCUUUGAUACUCGUUUCUAUUAGUGCGGUUAAUUAGAGGUUCAGGUUCAAUUAUAGAGCCCUGAAUUUGGAUAAGAGUCACUAGAAUAUUAGUAGAGUAUUUUGUAAAUUACGAACUCACUUUUGUUGGAUACCUGGAAAUGACUGGUGGUGUACUUGAAUGUAGAAAACUUCUCUUCAUGAUCUGGUAACUGAUUUCUGUACUGGAAAAUUCUCAGUAACUUCACAUUACUGUUUCAAGGAUUUUCUAGCACUUCGUGAUAUGUUGCACA